UUCUAUUUCAGAUAUCCAAGGUUACCACUCAAUGAGUCCAUCAAAGAAAAGCUUUAAAAUUGAUCAAAAGCAGAUAAAUGCACAAAUCACUGAAGCCAAGAGGAAGCCUGGCUCAAAACCAUCAUCCAUCCCAAAACUAAAAUAUGAAUCUCAAAAGAGAGCUCUCAAUGAGUUAUUGACAACAAGGAAAGAUGUUAUUCAAAGAAAGAUUUACAGAGGGUACAAUUUUCUCCAGUUUGGAGAGCCAGACAGCAACAAUCACAAGAAGUUCUCAAUCUUCGGAGAUUCCUUAUCCGCAAUCCACGCUGCUGGGGUCAUGGCUAAAUAAGAUCAGAGACCAAUACUCUGCAAAGUAUCAAGACAAGAACAGCCAGAAGCUCAGCUUGACUAGAACGACCACGAACCUGAACCAGAAAUACAGCUCAGGUGCUUAUAAUGCUCUUAAAAAUCUUGAAAAUUACAACAGAAGUGUGAUUCAGUUCAGCUCUAACCAGUUCAAGAAGGUUCAAAUGGCAAAGAAAAUACAUAGCAAGCCCCCUAAUUUUAGUCGAAAACAGAUCAAUAUCUUGAAAUUUAAAGAUUCCAAGUUCAGCUCUGAAAAACUCCUUGAUAACCCAAGCCAGGCUGAAGAGAUGGGAAAAAUAAGAAGUAAUCCCUCUAUUAAGACUGCCAAAGCGAGGGUUUUAAGGAAAAAAAGAAUGACAGAGAUCUCCUCAGCAAAGAAAUUCAGAGAAUUUGUCUUGAAAAGCUCCUCAUCUCGAUCCGAAGAAGACAGCAAUAAGAUGGAGCUUGUUCAAAAUAAGAACGAUUUAUCUAUGUCUCCCAAGAGAUCCAAUACUUCUGAUAUGUUAAAAAGUAUAGAAUCUGAGCAAGUGCAGGCUCCAAAGGAGCCUGCACUUGCAAAUCAUUUGUGUAAUCCACAGCCUUCAUUGUUCAAGAAAAAUAAGCUCUCAGUUCUGAAAGAAGAGCCACAUCACUUUGAAAACUCAGACACCAGCUUGAGCUUCGUAUCAAAAGAUACUAAAGAGCAACUUCAAGAGUUACAUGCCACAAAAGUGAUGAACGAUGUCUUCCAAGAGAUCAAGAAAGACUUUCAGAUCACUAAUGAAAACUAUAAAGACCAAUUCAAAAAUAUCAGAAGGAAAUCAUGUGAAUGCUCAUCAUGCGGAGGCCGAAAGCUAGCCGCAAAGCUAGCCCAUAUGAUGGCGUUUGAUAAUAGCUCUGGAGACAAGCUUGAUUCAGAAAUAAUAAAUUCCUUGAUAAGCAAAGAUUCAGUCUCCAGGUCAAAAGGAGCUCAUAGUCCUCAUAAUUCAGAUUCUCAAGAAGAGAAUGGGUCAAUAUCUUCUGGGCACGAAAACUCUUCUGAACAUACAUUGAACAAAAAGACGAAUUAUAUUGAGCAGAAGAACAAGCGAUCAAAAAUAUUUAGGAAUUCCACUAACAGACAAUCAACUAUGAUGAUUAAAGUUUUAGAUGCCUCCAUUCAAAGCGAAAUUAAAGAUAUGGCAUCGACUCAAACUCUGAGCAAAUAAGAAAUCAGCCAGGCUAGAAACUAUAAACAAGAAACAUGCUGAAAGUAUUGAAGUUAAGUCAGCCUUUGGGUCAGGGUUGAUGAAGAUGGUCCUAAACCACAGUCACAUCAAAAAUCGCCUGCAUAGACUAGAGAGAAUCAAGAACAUGGCUGGUCAGCAGAGAAGCUCUAAAGCAUCAAAGCAGUAUAUUAACAAGAUCAAGCAGAAUAUCAAGAAGACAAGGCUUGAGAACAUCAAAAGUAUGCAGAAAAUGGCUGGAAACGAGGACCAAAGCAGAGAUGUUGCUCCUGAAAACUCAUUUUCUCCUGUUCAUAGCAAGAAAGGAAAUCUGAAGAGAAUCCAAGGAGAGAGGAAAGCCUCAUUAAGUAAUUCCAAAGACCUUAAGAGGUUCCUCUCCAGUCAAUCAUUCAUGGGAAAUGGGAAAGAUAAACUCUCUUUCAACAACAGCAGGAAGUUCCUUAAGAUGCCAACUAUGCAGAUGUACGAUGACUCUAGCCCAUUGGAUCAUAAUUUACAAAGGAUGAACAGCAUCCAGUCAUCCAAAGAGUUCAAAGCGUAUUAUACAAAUAAAACUUCCAUGGAUCCGAAUGAAAGGAACAGCACUUCUUCCAGAUACAUAGACCCAAGCUCUCCAGAAACGAUUAAGGAGUUGUCAGAGUCUCAAGCUUCAAAGGAAUAUUUCUAUGAGCCAAAGAAAGGCCAAAAGCAUUCUCAGCCACUGCCAAAGCCAACCAACCAUCUGAAGAUGACUUCGAAGCAAAAGACCCAAGAAACUCAAAAUAGUAAAGCUAUUCGUAGAAAACCUAAGGAGGAAACCAAACAGUUGAAAGAAUCUGUCAAAAUUAAAGCUCUCCAGUCCCCUAUCCGUACAUCCCGCAACCCCCGCAACCCCUCUAUCCCCAAAACCACCCUUCAACCCCCUCUCCACUCCAGUCAUCCCAAAAACCUCGCUUUCCCCAAAAUCCCCAAAAUUCCCAAAAUCCAAAGUCGACACUUUUCUCCAAAACCCACUUUGCUCCCGUACAAAACGAAAAGUCCGAAUCUUCCUCGGCCAUAUCGAACUACAAAGUCUCCACCACCGAUGCACCCGUACUUAAGGAGGAAGUCGAAUCCCAGUCAUAAGCUGGUGAGCUUUUCGCCAAGAAGAGGAUUCCUUCCAGUACAGUCUUCAUGAAGCCCAAGACUAGGCUAGUCCUGACUGGA